UGACCUUUAUUGAUUUACUUUGAUAAAAAUGGUAUUUUGAGGAAAAACAAAUUAAUUUUCUGGUGAUUGUUUCCUCCUUGGAUGAACCCUUCCCCUCUCUCAAACCCUCUCUUAUUUUCUCUUUGAUUUGGUGAGAAAUUGGUUGGAUUUGAAGCUUAAUCUUGGUGGAUCUUUGUGCUAGCAUUUGAAUUGAAUUUUGAGGUAAACUUUGAAGCUUAAAUCCUUGUUAUCCUUGCUGAAUUUAUUGUGGAAAAGCAUGAUUUUGUUGAAGAUGGUAAUAUGUUGCAUGAUUGUGAGUUCUUGUUUAAUUUGAGUAUGUUUGUGCUUGAAUCAUUGUUGUGGUGUUUGAUUGAGCUUUAGUUGAAAUUCUAGGGUUUUCUUAACCUAAAUCUCAAGUUGUUGUGGUUGUUUGCUGCUGGAAUUAUUUGGUUUGGUUUGAGGUCAAGCUCAAGUUUUGAGCUUGAGUUCUUGUUGGAGAAGUUUGAUUGUUGUGUUGUUGAAUAAUUUGAAAUUAGGGGUUUACAUGUUGGAAUUGUUGUUUUAGCUUUCUGUUGUGAUGAUUCUUAUCUGUAAGAAGUUAAUUUUGGGUAUGGAUUGAUUAAGGUUCGAAUAUAUGGUAAAGUGGGCAUGUUUAGACCUUAAAAUCUGGUUUUCUGGGUUUUUCGAACCCAGUGGCCGCGGCCAGAUCUAUGGUCGCCGCGGCCAUAAAACCUGGCAGAGAGCCAUCUUUUUCCUGAAUUUGUUUUGGCCAUAACUUUUGACUCGGGACUCCGUUUGGGACGUUCUUUAUACCGUUGGAAAGCUCUUUUCGAGCUCUAUGUGAUUAUCUGUAUUUGAAAUGCCAUGAAUUUAUUUUAUGAAUGUGAAAUCAGGGGUUAACCCUAUUUGUGAAAAUCCCGGAUUGUGUGUGACUAGGAUUACCGGCACCUGGUCAGGAGCACCCGGGGAUUUGGAAUCUCUACUAUUGCGGGACAACAGGUAAGACAGUGGUUUGCACGUAGAGUAUGCGCAGUGGCGCUUAUGUUGAAUAUGAUAUAUGUGAGUUAUGGUAACCGGGAUUAGGGUUAUUACCCUAAUAGGAACGGUUUGUUAGCCUAGGGUUAUUACCCUAGUGAAAUAUGUGUAUAAAUGCCAUGCCAUGUUAAUUGAAAUGAAAUUUAAGGAUUAUGCGCUCAAGGCAUAAUUAGGUUGGACUCGGUACACAUAACCGAGAUGAACCACUUCUAAGGCCUUAAUGUAGUUAGACGUGUGAGAGUAACACGUGGGUCUACGUCACGUAGAUUUAAUUAGAUGUGUGAGCGCAACACAUAGGUCUACGCCACGUAGACAUAAUUGGGCAUGAUGAAAUAAUGAUCAGGUCUGUGCUAUACAGACAUAUGUGAAUGAGCAUAAUAUAUUUGUUAUGAUUUAUACUGUCUUGCUGGGCUUGGCUCACGGGUGCUCUACUGUGCAGGAAAGGGUAAGGCAUUAGCUGAUCAGCCAUGAGUUUCAGGAGCAGGGCGAAGAAUGUACAUGUUCACGCCACUUCAGACCAAGCGGGUUAUGGGUCUAACAGUGUUGACUUUUGUAUUCUGUUUUGCCGCUUAGGUCGGCUAGUAAGAAAGAACUUGUAAUAAGUUUGUAAAUAUUUUUGGGAUCCCAACUAUUUUGAAAAGUUUUAAAUAUAUUACAAGUUUAUUUUCAGUCUGUUUAAUAUAAAAGUUUAAAUUCUGCGCUAUUUUAAUUAGUAAUCCCGGUUAGGGGAUUAGGGCUUUAUAAGUAUUUUGGGUAGCGUGCCUAAUUAUUUAGGGCGUUACAUAACCGGUUUCUUUUCAUUCUACAACUAAUGAAUUUAAAUUGCUAACUUGUUUGUUUAUUUUAAUUUCAGAAGGACAAAAUUGAACAUUCUUUAUCUGGCCAUGAAGUUGUACCUGGUAAUGUUCAUGCGGAUGAUGGAUAUGUUGACCCUCAAAAUGAGGUACAAGAAUAAAUAUUUAUCCUAUUUAUUUCUAAGUAUCAGGUUACUUUUUGUAGAUACUUAUUAUCAUAUUUUCGUUAUUAUUCUUGGCAGGAACUCGAAGGCAAAAAAUUGAUGGGUGCUUUAGUUAUAGAGGAUCAUGAUUGUACUGAUGAGGUUGUUGAUGCCGCUUAUUCUGGUUUCAGUGCAGCAAUGAAAUUUAUUCAAAAAUCCAAAGGAGAAGGAGCUCAAAUUACUAAAAAUGAAGAACCACAUACACCUUUUGUUGUUGUUUCCCCUGAUUUGAAGAGCACAACUGAAAAGGCCAAAUUGUCUACUGAGAAUAUGGUUGAUUUAGAGAAAAGGGAGCCCAAACCUUCUGCGAUCUUUCAAUCCCCUUUUGUUACUGAUUUUGGUUCAUCAGAACCUGUACCAGUAGGGAAAAGGAAGAAUUUAGAGAUUGUGAAGGGAAUCAUUCCCUUUCGUAAGGAGAUUGGGAAGAAUGCUACUACUGAAGAAACACAAGCAUACAACGACUGGUAUUUUGAGGGUUAUAAACCUAACACUAAGUCAAAAUAA